CCAUGGCUCCCAAGAAACCCGAGCCUAAGAAGGCCGAGCCUAAGAAGGAAGAGCCCAAACCAGCGCCUAAGCCAGCGGAACCAGAGCCCAAAAAAGAAGUGGAAUUUAACCCAGCUUCGGUCAAAGUGGAAUUCAGCCCUGACCAGAUUGAAGAAUUUAAGGAAGCGUUUUCCCUUUUCGACCGGACCCCCAAGUCGGAGAUGAAGAUCACCUACGCCCAAUGUGGAGACGUCCUGAGGGCUUUGGGGCAGAACCCGACCCAGGCUGAGGUCAUGAAAUUGCUUGGCAGGCCCAAACCUGAAGAGAUGAAUUCCAAGAUGAUCGACUUCGAGACCUUCCUGCCCAUGCUCCAGCACAUUGCCAAGACCAAGGACACGGGAACCUACGAGGAUUUCGUGGAAGGGCUCCGGGUGUUCGACAAGGAGGGGAACGGGACGGUCAUGGGAGCCGAGCUCCGCCACGUCCUGGCCACGCUGGGGGAGAGGCUGACUGAGGAGGAAGUGGAUAAAUUGAUGGCUGGGCAGGAAGAUGCCAAUGGCUGCAUCAACUACGAAGCUUUUGUGAAACACAUCAUGGCUAACUGAGCCCAGG